AUGCUUUCAUCAUCAGGCGAUACCUCAAUCUCGGCUCCCCCAUCCGGGAGCCGAACCAAACCCGGGAGCCGAAAUGUCCUCAUUACCAGCGCCCUACCAUAUGUCAACGACGUGCCGCACCUCGGAAACAUUAUCGGCUCCUGUCUCUCUGCCGAUGUCUACGCUCGUUUCUGUCGGGCCCGUGGCCUCAACACGCUCUUCAUUGGCGGCACGGACGAGUACGGCACUGCCACGGAGAUCGCGGCGGCGCGUGAGCGCUGCACGCCGGAGGAGCUCUGCAACCGUUUCCGCAAAAUCCAUGCGGACAUCUACCAGUGGUUCAAUAUCAGUUUCAACAAGUUCGGAAGGACCACGACUGAGAAUCAAACUCAGAUCACGCAGCAGAUCUUUUCGAGAAUCUACGAGAAUGGACACCUGGACGAGCGGAUAACAACAAGGCUGUACUGCGAAGCCCACCAGCGGUUCCUCGCAGAUCGAUACGUCGUUGGCGACUGUCCCCAUUGCGGAAAAGGCGCUAGGGGCGACGAGUGUGACUCAUGCGGCUCAUUUGAAGACGCUAUUGAGCUCAAGAAUCCUCGUUGUAACUUGAACGGAUGUGGAGCCACGCCCGUCCAGCGGGACACGGGGCAUCUUUUCUUCAGGCUGGACAAGUUGCAGCCACAAGUGGAGGACUUCGUUCGCGAAUCGGAGCAGCAGUGGUCUAGCAACGCGACUAGUCAAACCCGGGGCGUGCUCAAGAAGGGGCUAAAAGAGCGCAGCAUCACACGCGACAUCAAAUUUGGCACCCGGAUCCCUACAAACGUGCCUGGUUACGAAAACAAGGUGAUAUACAACUGGUUAGAUGCCCCGAUCGGAUACGUAUCAAUCACCGCAGAGCACACAGACCACUGGCGGGAUUGGUGGCAACCACAGAACCCGGAUGAUGUCCAGCUUUACCACUUUAUCGGCAAGGACAACAUCUUCUUCCACUCCAUCUUCUUCCCGGCCACUCUAAUCGCAACCGGGGACAACUGGACAAAGGUGCACUCUCUCUGUGCGACGGAGUACCUGCAAUAUGAGGGGACCAAGUUCUCCAAGUCAAAACGCAUUGGUGUCUUCGGCGACCAGGCAAAGGCGAGCGGGAUCAAGGCCGAUGUCUGGCGGUUUUACCUCCUUUAUCAUCGUCCAGAGCACAAAGACACCGAGUUCAAAUGGGACGAGUUUGUCAAGGAGAACAACAGCCUACUCAGCGACAAUCUGGGCAACUUCGUCAACCGCGUUGUCAAGUUUGUGAACAACCCUGAGCCCAAGGGGUACGACGGCGUCGUACCUGACGGCUCGGGGCUCCGCGAUUCGGACGGAAAGGUGGAAAGCUGCAAGGAAAAGGUCAACAGUCUCUUCAGCUCCUACCUCCGUCACCUUGAGGCAGUCGAGCUGCGCGCGGCGUUGGAUGACGCUCUCAGUAUAUCCGACGCUGGCAACAAAUUGGCUACGCAGGCUUUCAAAGUCGACAAAGCCGACAAGGAAGAGAGGGCGGCUUACUUUACGGUCUGCGUCAAUAUCAUCCGACUCCUUGCUGCUAUCUUGCAGCCGUUCCUACCGGACACCGCCGAGUCGAUCACCAGACAGUUGGGCGUGGAGCCGGAGCCAGUCCUGUCUAUUCCUGACACUUUCGACUCUGACUGUAUACAAAAAGGACAUCGGCUCGGCGAGGCGCAAUCCCUCUUCCCGAAAUUUGAUGCGAAGCGGGCCGAGGAUUGGAAGGCGCAGUACGGUGGAAGCGGGUGA